AUGACAAUGAAUUUUUCAUCGACACAAAUAUCAAUACCUUAUUGUCAAUCAAAACAAAAAGAAGAACAAAUUAGUUCACUAAACCAAUAUGAAGAAUUAUUAUUUAUCUCUGAUAAUAAAUCAAUAAAAAAGUCAGAAUCUUUUCCAUUUGGAAAAUGUCGCAUCUGUCAUGAUAUUGCUACUGGAGUUCAUUAUGGUGUAAUUACAUGUGAAGGAUGUAAGGGCUUUUUCAAACGAUCAAUUACACGAGAUGUUUCCCAUCAAUGUUUGUUUGGUAAUAAAUGUAUAGUUAGCGCAGGCACACGUAAUCGAUGUAAAUCAUGCCGAUUUAAUCGAUGUAUUAAACAAGGUAUGUCAAUGGAUAGUGUAAAAAUGGGUCGAAUACCAAAGAAAAUCAAAGAAAAAGCAUUACGUUACCAUAGAAAUUUUCAAGAGAAAAAUACAAAUCAUGAAAUUGAAGAUGAAAAUAUGGAAGUUAUGAUACUUUCACCUCAUUCUGAUUGGAAUUCAUCGAAUUUAAUGACUAAAUCGAUAUCAUCUUCAUCUACAAGACGUAGUGUUAAUGAUAAUACACAGUUAUCAAACGAGAGAAGUCCAAAUAUGCUUGUCGAUUCUUUGGAAAUUCAACAGUCUUCAAAAGAAUCAUUUCGUUCUAGUGAUUUGAUUGAAUUAACAAUAUCAUUAUCAAAUAAUUUUAAGUAUAAUUUAUCAUUUCUUCGUUUACCAACAGUUCUGUAUUCAUUAAAAUUAUCAGAAACUUGGACAAAUUCAAUUAAACUCGAUGAUGAUUUAUCAACACAUACAUCAUUAGAAAAUAAUAAAAUGACUGUAUCAAAAUAUAUAUCAAAUAUAAAUGAAAACACUUUAAUUGAUUAUAAUUUUAAUUGUGAUGUACAGUACUCAAAAAAUAUUCUUCAAAUAAUGAAAUAUCUUUUACCAAAACUUUGUCAACCAUUUCUAAUUUUUGAAUUUGAUUUUGAAAUAAUGUCAUUUUUUCGUUAUAUACGAUGGAAAGUACUUCAAUCUUAUUUAAAACAUACAAAAAGAGUACAAAUACAUAUUAAACGAAUGUUUGAAUUAAUUAAACAUGGCGUAAAUAGUAAUAUAACAUAUGAACAAAUGUGGAAUGAUGUUCAAGUUGGUAUAGCAGUACACAUUAAUGAAAUAAUUGGUUUUGUGCAAGAUACGCCUGGUCUUAAUGAAUUAAAUUUAAUUGAUUUGAUUCAAGUUCUAAAUAAUCGAGUAUUUGAUUUUUGGAUAGUGUUAAACUAUCCAUUAUUUUAUAAAAAUGAAACUUAUAUAAUGACACCUAAUGGAUUACAAUAUACACGUUAUUUUAUGAAUAUAUUUAUAGGAAAUAAAACUACUGAUGCUUUACAUGAAUUUUCUAAACGUCUUCAUGCAUUGAAUGUAACACAAGUUGAACAUAGUCUUAUGAUGACUUUAGUCAUUUGUCAACCAGAUCAACAAUUACAAGAUCGAGAAAAUAUACAUAUUAUUAAACAUUGUUAUAUGUAUGCAUUGUAUAUGCAAUUAUGUUCAACAAGAGCAGAAAAUGAAGCUAAAAUAUUAUUUGAUAAUAUACUUGAGAUUAUCGAGAGUAUUGGCCUUCUUAGUGAACUUUGUAAGAAAAAUAUUGGAAAAAUUGUACUUGAUAAAACAACAUCAUAUGAAUAA